CGCCGGCGGCGGCAGAUGGACCAGUUCCCCGACGGGUACCCGGUGCGGCUGCGGAGCGCCGUGCACGGCACCUACCUCCGCGCCGACAAGGACGGGGUUGGCGUCUCCCUCGGCCGCCGUCGGAGAUCCAUGAAGGUGGCGUGGUUCGUGCACCGCUACUACGGGGACUACCAGCACGUGCUCCUCCACAGCGCCGCCUACGGCCGCUACCUCUACGCCACCGACGCCCCGGCGCCGCUCGGCUGCCUCGGCUUCCGCGUCGCGCAGCGGAGCUACGACGGGCUCGAGGAUGAGGCCAUCAGGUGGCAGCCCGUCAGGGUCGGGUCCCGGGGCGAGAUCCUGCUCCGCCGCCACGUCGCCCAGGGCGGCCCGGACAGCUACGGCUACCUCCGCGGCAACGGGAAGUACCUCAUCUGGAACGACAGCGUCGCCAGCGUCCACGACGUCGACAAAAUCAGCACCAUGAUGCGGUGGGUGGUGGAGCCCGUCCCCAUCACCGACCGCAUCCCCCGCCUUCCACGUCCGACUAGGCUCCACCUCUCCGUUCUUCAGCACUCGCGGGUAGUGAUGUUCACGGGGAACGGCGAAGGGUUGUACGCCAACGACAUCUCGUUCACUUUCAGGGGAAGGUCCGUGCACCGCCUGAGGAACGAGCUGGUCAGCCGGCUGGGCAUCCCAGGGAACGUCUCCAACGAACUCGUCAUGUACGUCCGAGCGGGCAGAUACGGUCGCAAUACCCCACUCGUCGUCAACCUAUCCCGCAGCAGAGAGACCCUCGUAAUCACGCCGGAGCCAGUAAACGGCGGGCUGCGAUACCCGGAUUUCAAUGCAGAGUAGAGAAAGAACAGAGUAGGUCUCCUUGCCUUAGAGUUCACCUCUUCAGAAGUGUCGCUGCCUCGGAAACUGCAACAUGAGAAAUCUUAAUUUUUUUUGCAUAGAGAUAUAGGUUGAGAAAAACUCUCUGGCUCUUGUGUUUCUGGCGAAACUUAUCUGUUCUAGUGACAUUGCUUUGACCUAACGGUUCUAAAAGUUCAGAACCUGUUUGAAUAAUAAAGCAGUGACAUUGAUCUGUAAUGGCCGCGUUCUUAUUCUGGCAAAAACUUCAUUUCUGUUAGCUGCAUUUAUCUUGGAUGUAGCAUUUGAGUUUACCUGUGCUGUAUGAAGUUUCACUCCAACCAAAGGCAGCACCCUUUCUUUC